AGAAUAGAAGGCAUUAAGCAAAACAAAACGCAUUCGCACAGCCGAACAAACAGAAUUACUCGCUUCUUCAAACCUCUUUAUUCUAUUUUUGCCUUCUCCCUCUUCUGCUUCUCCCUCCACUCCACUGGAGAGAAGAGAAGAGAAGAGAGAGAAACACAGAUUCUUUCCUUCCCUUCCACAAAAAAAAGGUUUUUCAUCGCUCUCUUGCCGAUUCCGCCAUUUCUCAUUUCGGAUUCGAGAUUGUUGCAGGUGCAUUGCUUUUGCCUCUCGAUGGUAUGUUCCCCGGGAAGUGGGAGAAUGGAAGUCAUGGCCAGGCUUCUCGCUGCUGAGACUUUCUCUCACACUGUAGCAGAUGACUUUGCCCGUGAGAAGUUGGCUGCUGAGUAUAUUUGUAGAGAACUACGUGAGGCAGAUGAAACAAAUUUGCUUCAGGAAGAAGAUAUGCAUGUCUAUGGUGAGAGCCCCAUGACUGAUGCCUUGCAGCUGGUAUGCUGCAACACUUGCAAGAAGCCAAUCAAGGACAGUCAAUUUGCUGCUCAUGCAGAACUUUGUAGGUCAUUACAGCUCACAGAACAGACUAUGUUGGAGCUUGAUGGCAGCACUGGGAAUCGAAAACCUCCUAGGAAGGAAAAGAAAAAGUUAGGAGCUUCUUCUGCAACUCCAGUUUCUUUAGGAUACUCAAGUUGUGUAGAUGCAGCAUCUAUGAUGGAUGGUACUGGAAUUAAUGCUGGAAAUAGAGAUCACCCAGCUUCUGUAAUGCAUCCUCCAACAAAACGUCAUAAAUUGAUAGCAAACAUACUUCUACCUGUAUUAGAAAGCCAUGGAACAGAAUCUGGAGAGACAAAAACUGUGAGUUUCACAGAUGGAAUUACUUGCAAUUUGCUGGAAAGAACUAUUUCACAACGUGGAGAUCCUAACCAUAAAAACCAUGCACAGGUCCUUGUGCAACAUCGACGCAUAAUGAAGAAUGAUUUUCCUGCACCCCUUGCUACGAAGAUAUAUUAUUCACAAAGGACCAAUCGACUGCGUGCCAGAAUUCGUCAUCUUUACUUCCAGGACUUAAAUGGUCAAUGUUGUACUGAUGUUGUGUGUCCAAAGACAUCACAUGCAGAGAUGGCUGUGUUGCAAGAUUCAUCUCCAAGGGACCCUUCAUUUGAUCAAAUGAACAAUGUGCAUGAGGGCCGAUUGCCUGCUCAAAAAUCUGAUCAUAUUCUUGCAAAAAGCUCAGAAAUUGGCUUGCUUAAGGCAGGAGGCCUGCCAAGUAGUGGCUUGUCAAAUCAAUUUCUUGAUAAUGUUUCUAGGUCUGCAGCCACUUAUGGUGGUUUGACUAGAAGCAACUUUCUUCCAACGUCUUAUUCUUUUGGGAGCAACACAGGAAGUCCACUGGGAACAAUGCAGCAACCAAAUGGGAGUGUUCCUGUUAUUUAGUAGCCUUGGUGUAAUUUUUUUGGGUAGGUGAAGGUACAGGUAAUCAAUACACGACGUUAGGAUUUAGCUAUAAAGUAAAUUUUACUCAAAUUGUGUAUCCUGUCAUCUGCUUUGUACAUGAAAACUUCUAUUAUAUAAUGAAUGGAAAUGAAGAAAUUGUUAGUUCUAUA